AUGCAAACAGCAGGAGAAUUACGGGAAAUAAACGAUUGUGUGAUACUACAUACAAAUCAAGCCGACUGCGUUAAAUAUAUGCAAUCAGUUGAGAACGAAAAAAUAUUUCUUAUCAUAUCAGGAAAAGAAGCAAUGUCUAUCUUAUCAAAAACUAAAUCAUUGAAACAACUUGAUUCAAUCUUCAUUUUCUGUCUCAAUGUCAAGAAAUAUCAAUAUCUAUUAGAAAAGUAUGAUUUAAUAGUUGACAUUUAUGAUGAACGCUCUAAUUUGAUUAAUUCCAUCAAACAAAAUGUUAAACUGUUACAGAGACAAUUAUAUACAUUCAAUUUCUAUAAUGAACAUACAGAAAAAGCUACACGUGAUAUAUCAAAAGAGUCUGCAGAAUUUUUAUGGUUUCAACUAUUCAAAGAUGUUCUUCUACAAAUGCCACGAAAUCAACAAGCGAAACAAGAGCUGAUUGUAUUUUCUCGUCAAUAUUACCGUGGAAAUCGAAAAGAAUAUGAAAAUAUUAUCGAAUUUGAGAAGUUGUAUCAAUCGGAUAACAGUAUUUAUUGGUACACGAAAGACUCAUUUUUAUAUAGACUUGUAAACAAAGCUUUACGUACAGAAGAUAUAGAACAAUUACACAUAUUUCGAUUUUUCAUUAGUGAUUUAUCAUCAAUGUUAGCUAAAAUUCAUAAAGAACAAAAUGUUGGACAGAAACAAAUUAUUACGCUUUAUCGUGGAUUAAAAUUGGAAAUCGAUGAAUAUAAUAGAUUGAAACAAAAUCUUGGUUGUAUAAUAUCAACUAACGGAUUUCUUUCUACGAGUCGCUCGGACAAGGAGGCUAUUGAGUUUGCAAUGAAACGUACAAAAAGAAACAACGUAAUUCCUGUACUAUAUGAAAUUGAAUGUAAUUUAAAUGUAUUAGAAUCUGUUGUCUUUGCUGAUAUCACAGAAUAUAGUGAAUUUAAAAAGGAACAAGAGGUCUUGUUUGAUGUAGGAAGUACAUUUAAAAUCGAAUCAAUUAAUAAAAAUGAACAAUUGAAUAUGGAUGUAGUCAAACUGAUAACAACUGAUGAUGGAAUAAAAAUGGUCCAAAAAUAUAUUGAAUUAAACAGAACGAUGAAUGAAGAAACUAGUCCUAAUAUCUUAUUUGGCAUAUUACUAAUUCAAAUGGGUAAAUAUGAUCAAUCAUUGAAUUAUUUCACAAAUUUAUUGGAUAUACCGGAUGAAAAAGUAGAUGAAGGGCGAAUUUAUAGCGCGAUGGGAUCUGCAUAUUUGUGCAAAGGUGAACUGGAAGAAUCACAUCAGAUUGCCGAUCAUGCCUAUCGAAUAAUGAUUGAAGCAAAACAUUCUCGUAUUAAAGAUUCAACUAGACCGAUGACAGUUAUGGCUCAUAUUUAUCUUCGUAAAAAGAUGUAUGAAAAGUCACUCGAUUUCUACUUUGAAGUGCUAAAGAUUCAUAAAGAUUUUCAUGGUCGAAAACAUUUAGACACAGCAGAAACACUGAAUCAUAUUGGUAAUGUAUACUAUAAAAUGGAAGAGUACUCGAAAGCGCUCUCAUUCUAUAGAAACUCAUUUGAAAUUCGUAAAGCUCAACUACCAUAUAUUCAUCUUGGUAUAGCAGCAAGUUUGAAUAAUCUAGGACUCGUGCAUUGGAAGACGAAAGAUAUGGAUGAAGCAGUUAAUUGUUUUCAAGAAUCAUUAAAAAUUAGAAAACAAGUGCUUCCAUCGAAUCAUAAUGAUAUUAUCCAAAGUCUAGAUAACCUCACACACCUAUUUUAUGAAAACCAUGAUAUCGAAAACUCAUUAAAGUACUUUACUGAAACAUUAAAUAUACAGAAGAUUAAGUUUGAUCCUGAUGAUCGCCAUGACCUUUUAAGUCGUCUAAAAACAAAAUUUGGGACCAUAAUGGAGUAA